AUGGGUAGAAGUAAUUUUAAGUCGACAAUUACGUUACGGGCUUUGAUACCUUACCUGAUCAUUUACAGGGCUCUUGGUUUGCUACCAAUGAAAUUCACUCAGAGAUCCAAUUCUAAACUUUUCGAUUUCCAACGAUAUCGUGAAUUAUCGUGGUGGCGUAGUUUAAAUUUCACGAGAAUUUAUUCGGCUUGUGUCGUGUUGUUAGCCACGGCUUUCCUCUUCGAUAACCUGGCCUCCCUAGAAUCACAAAAGAGCAGUGAUAUAGUGGGUCUGCUGGAAAUUGCAGAUCGAUCUUCGAUUUCUCUUAACGUCUUCAUUACUUCAGUCCUUUGUUUCUGUUACUUGGGUAAAAGGUUAUCGAUUCUUGUUACAAAAAUGAUUGAAUGUGAACAACAACUGACCACUAUCGACUGUUACCUGCAGGAUCGCUUAGCUGUCUAUUGUUGGAUUGUUUUAGCUAUUGGAGGAGCAGCAACAGUUUUAAAUGAAUUAGCAGUCAAUCUGAAAUACGUUCGCUAUCCUUUCAACACAACAGUCAACGUCGAAGAUCACUCGAUUCCACUGGUCAUUUUCCGUUCGAUGAUGACUCCUUUCGCUGCAGGAUUUAUGCCGUUUGUCGACUUUUCUGUUAUUAAUUUAAGUUUAAUCUUUGCAGCUUACCAAAAACAACUACGAAGGAAAAUCGAACAUUGGGCUUUACUGGAACUCGAAGCCAAAGAGAGUCUCAGACUAACUUACUGGAAAGUGCAAGCUUUAAUAUCGGAAGCAGACGACAUUUUUUCUCCGAUUAUCUUAAUAGAAAGUCUAAGUAUUGUUGCUCACCUGACACUGCAAAUCAACAUCCUCACCGGCUCGAGGAUUGAAUCCAGUCUGUUCCUUGAACAAGACAAACGCCAUGCUUUAACAGCAACUGCAAUCACCACUGCUUACUUGAUUAUUCGUUUUGUUGCAUCCUCUCUCUUUGCCGAAAUGAUCCAUCGAGAGAAAUUCAAAAGCCAACGAAGUCUUUACGAACAAUCUGGAAAAGUCUUUGAUGUCAACGAUCUCGAACUGCUUUUGACGAAAAGAUUCGUUCAUCAGUUGACCUUGCCGUCGGGUUUCACUGGCUGUGGUUUCUUCACGCUGGGAAAAAGUUAUCUGAUAGCCAUGUGCGGUACUAUACUGACCUACGAGAUCGUUUUGAUGGACAUGGCCAAGACGGAGCAACGAGCAUCACUGGACGCUCAUUAAUUCUUUUCCCACUUAAUCAGCAGUUCUUUAGGAAAUAAUUGUUUUCAAAUUUUAUUGACUGUAU